AUGUUAACAGAGGGCGUUUAGAUAAAUUCUGGACAUUAAAGCAUGAUCCACGAUAUUAAAUACGAUUACUACGGUGACAAAUUAGCAAGCUGUGGUAGUGAUGGAUAUAUUAAUGUCUAUGACGUGUCAAAAAAAUAAUAAGUUGCUUAAAUUAAGACUCGUGAUUCUCCUUUAUUUUCAAUAUCUUGGUCGCAUCCUAGAUUUGGCAACGUGAUAGCCACUUCAUCUUAUGAUGGAGAAAUAUCAAUAUAUAGAGAAUAAAAGGAGUGGUCGAAAGUGGCGAGUUAUUAGAAUGAGGGCAGUGUUAAUUGUGUUUAGUUUAUGCCAAGAGAAUUACUUUUGGCAUGUGGCACAUCAGAUGGAUUUGUGAUAUUAUUAGAUAAUAACAAGAAUUGGGAUGUCGAAAAUAAAUGGUAAGCACAUGAAUCAACAAUACAUGGAUUAUGUUGGAACUAGGAUGGUUCGUUAUUGGCAACAUGCAGCGCUGAUAAAUUGAUUAAAAUCUGGGAAUUUACUAACAAUAAUAAACCUUAAUUGAAAUACACGAUCCAAUCUCAUUUAGAUGUAGUGAAGGAUGUCCAAUUUCAUCCUUUAGAAAAUAUCCUUGUUUCAGGAGGAGAUGACGGGAAACUAAUUGUCAAUAGAUUGGAUAAUAAUAAGGUUGUUGAAAUUCAAGAUAUCCAAUAUAAUAUGACUAUAUGGAGAGUAUCAUUCAAUAUGUUGGGAAAUUUGUUGACUGUGAAUGGAGAAAGUAAUGGUUAGAGUCAAAUUCAAACACUAAAACAAGAGAGUAAUUUUUAAUACGGUACAAUUGAUUGCUAUUGA